UCACGUCUGCCAUGUUGUCACGGUUUCAUUGUUCUGAUUUUUGAAAAGUGAGCACCCAGAAUGUAUGGGUAGCAGUAGGCGUGGUCAUUAUGAUGGCUUAGGGUACUCCAAUCCUAAUCGAAUACAACAAGCCUGUUUUUCAUUAAAAAAAAAAAUUUAGGAGUUUAAAACCUUCGGACCUAAAUGAUUUUUUAUUUUUUCAGAUAUUUUAUAAGUAGAUAUGUUUACUUGUAACUGAAUUUUUUUAUAUUCUGUACUAAUGCUAGUUUAAUUGCUAGCUUAAAAUUUUUGCAUUCCUUUCGAAAUAAAAAAAAGUUUUUUUUUUAAUGAAAAUUUAGUUGGUAAGUAAUUUUAUAUGGGAAGUUUAGUUAUUUCUUAUGCCCUUACCUAUGCAUCUUAGGAUUUCAACUAAUUAACCUAGUCAUCCUAGAAAUUACUAUUUGGGAUUAACAAUUAUUUAAGUACCUUUAAGUUGUUUUGUUUUCCCCCACUGAGCAACCUGCUUUUGUACCUUACCCGCAUGAAAGAGAUAUGACUAGCCAUGGUAGACAAAGGCUGCAAAAGAAGGAUCAUGUGCCUGACGAACUCAUUAUGUCGAUAUUUGUCAACCUCCCCGUCAAGUCCUUACUAAGAUUCAAGUGCAUCUCCAAGCUUUGGCGUUCAUCGGUCAUAGACAAUGAUUUCAUCGAACAACAUCUUUUGAAUCAACAGAAAAAGGAUCCUCGAAUUCUUUUUGCCUCUACCAUUCUCCGACAGAUAGCUGUAGAAUCAAUGUUCAUAAAUGUCGAUGGAGCUGAGGGAAUUGGUGAAGCUGUGACUGAUGUUUUGACUAUAACAUUUACAAACCAAUGUGAAGACUAUUUUUGCACGUUACAUUCAUGCGAUGGGGUUGUUUGCUUUUAUGGAACAAAAACCAUCCUUGUUUGCAACCCUAGCACGAGGGAGUUUCAACGUUUUUUCUUUGGCUCUGAUUACUUCGUUGGCCAACCAAUGCGUUUUGAUCCAACAGUAGGGUUCGGACGGGAUCAAGUCACAAAAGAAUUCAAAUUGGUUCGAUUUUUCAAUCCGUCAGGGACUUCUGACGAUUUUCGUAUGUGUGAGGUUUUUACAUUGGGUCCAGACCCUGAGGUUUCAUGGAGAAGGCUUGGUGAAGCACCUUACAGUGUCCGGGGAUUACCAGGACAACGACCUGUCUAUGUUAAUGGGGCACUCCACUGGAUCACUAGUUUUAAUAGACACCGUUGGGAGGCAGUCGUCUCCUUCGAUCUCCAUACAGAGAAAUUCCUAGCAAUCCCACAUCCGAGUUGCUUAGAUAGUCACUCUGACAGACACUAUGCGGCCUUAAUACCUUUGAGAAACUCUCUUUGCCUGGCUGUGUUAGCUGAUGAUGAUGAGAGGAUGAACAUAUGGAUUUUCAUGAAAGAUUGCCAGUCAUCAGCAGCUUUGAAUGAGAAGAAGGGAGCUUGGGAGAUGUUGCAUUCUAUUGAUGUGAACAUGGGAUUUUCAAUUGUGGAGCAUAGAAUCCCAAUUGUGGAGCAUAAGAACGGAAUUCUUUCUAUCAAAUUUUUUGGACUCAGUUUGCAACUAUACAAUCCAAAGAGUAAAAUGCUCAGGGAUGUUCAUGCGCUGGAGCAUUGGAGAACAUUUGUGCCUACUGCAUAUUUUGAAAGUUUAGUCCCUCUAUGUGCAAAAGACACGCGGGUUAAUUAGUACUUGAUAAGUGAGUAUCGAAAGUGGGUAGAGAUCUUAAAUUACAAUACUUUAUGCCAAUAAUUUCAUUAGAGAAAGUUUGCUUUCAUUUAUUCCAGCAGUGAAGCUCAAUCAAUUACA